AUGCAGGGCCCCCAGCCAUGCCAGGGCCCCAGUCACACAGGGCCUCCAGUCAUACAGGCCUCCAGUCACACAGGGCCCCCAGCCAUACAGGGCCUAGUCAUGCAGAGCCCCCACAUACAGGCCUCCAGUCAUGCAGGCCCCCAGCCAUACAGGGCCUCCAGUCAUGCAGGGCCCCCAGCCAUACAGGGCCCCCAGUCACAGGGCCUCCAGUCAUACAGGGCCUCCAGUCAUACAGGGCCCCCAGCCACAGGGCCUCCAGUCAUGCAGGGGCCCCAGCCACAGUGCCCCCAUUCAUGCAGAGCCCCCAGCCACAGGGCCUCCAGUCAUGCAGGGCCCCCAGCCACAGGGCCUCCAGUCAUGCAGGGCCCCCAGCCACAGGGCCCCCAGUCAUACACAGGGCUCCAGUCACACAGGGCCUCCAGUCACACAGGGCCCCCCAGCCAUACAGGGCCCAGUCAUGCAGGGCCCCAGCCAUACAGGGCUCUCCAGUCAUGCAGGGCCCCCAGCCAGCACAGGGCCUCCAGUCAUGCAGGGCCCCAGCCAUACAGAGCCCUAGCCAUAGGGCCCAGUCAUGCAGGGCCCCCAGCCAUACAGGGCCUCCAGUCACAGGGCCCCCAGCCAUACAGGGCCUCCAGUCAUGCAGGGGCCCCCAGCCAUACAGGGCCUCCAGUCAUGCAGGGCCCCCAGCCAUACAGGGCCUCCAGUCAUGCAGGGCCCCAUUACACAGAGCCCUUAGCCACACAGGGCUCCAGUCAUGCAGGGCCCCCAGCCACACAGAGCCCUUAG